CCACAAAGAACGCCCAACGUGUCAGUCGGCGCUCAAGAUCUCCAGUAACUCUCCUUGCAGCAAAGUAGUUUGACCAGACAAUUUAAACCAACCGCCGCACAGAUUUAAACCCCCGGCAAUGGACAACAUCAAAGACGGCUGGUUCACCGAGACGUGCACGUUAUGGCCCGGCCAAGCCAUGAGUCUUCAAGUAGAGGAAGUGUUGUACCAUAAAAAGUCGAAGUUCCAGGAUGUGAUGGUUUUUAAAAGUAAGACGUAUGGAAAUGUGCUGAUUUUGGACGGGGUCAUCCAAUGCACAGAACGAGAUGAGUUUUCUUAUCAAGAAAUGAUCGCCAAUCUACCUCUCUGUUGCCACCCUUGCCCAAAAAAGGUUCUCAUCAUUGGUGGAGGAGACGGUGGUGUCCUAAGAGAAGUGGUCAAGCAUCCGCUGGUGGAGUCUGUAGUUCAGUGUGAGAUUGAUGAGGAUGUAAUAAAUGUCUCCAAGAAGUACCUUCCUGGAAUGGCAAAAGGCUUCUUCAGCCCCAAGCUAACUCUGCAUGUGGGUGAUGGCUUUGAAUUCAUGAAGAAAAAUCAGGAUGCGUUUGACAUCAUCAUCACAGACUCCUCAGACCCUGUCGGACCGGCUGAAAGCUUGUUCAAAGAGUCUUACUAUCAGCUCAUGAAAACAGCACUUUGUGAAGGAGGAAUUCUCUGCUGCCAAGGAGAGUGUCAGUGGCUGCAUUUAGAGCUAAUCAAGGAAAUGCGGACCUUCUGUAAAACCCUCUUUCCUGUAGUGGACUAUGCAUACUGCACCAUUCCCACGUAUCCAAGUGGACAAAUCGGCUUCAUGCUUUGCAGUAAAAAUUCGAAAACAAAUUUCCGUGAGCCACUGCGAGAACUAACAAGAGAUGAGAUUGAAAGCAUGAGCCUGAAAUAUUACAAUCCUGAAAUCCACCGUGCUUCAUUCAUCCUCCCAGAAUUUGCUCGAAAGGUACUAAGUGAAGCAUAAAUGGCUUGAUGGGUGCCAUCUUGUCAACACGCUGCCUUCUGUGAAAGCAGAACAAAACCCUCAUUACAGCCUCGGUAGCUGCCACAGCACACCCCUCUCCGGCUAUUGAUUGGUCUACGGACUGCUACAAGUGCAUAUGCCUUCUGUGGGGAAAUUCUCUGGUUCUCUGUUCCAUCAGUGCUUCUGCCAAGUCUUACAAGUUUUUUGGUUUUGUCCUCCCACAUUACAAAUUUCAGAACUUUACAAACUGACAAUCAUGCAUGUUGUUUGACAUACCAUGGUCUUACUUUCUCAUUCGUGUUGAGUAACAAAGUGCAACGUUUCACUACAACGUCUUGUUUCAUAAAUUAAUGAAUAACCAUGCAGGUAUUUUAAAGGGAUACUUUUGCCCAAAUAUGAAAAUUUGUGGUAAUAUACUCACUCUAUAGCAGUCCAAGAUGUAGGUGUUUUAUUUUUUUAUUUAUUUAUUUUUUUCAGUAGAACAUUAAUGGUACACUUUCAGAAUGGCUGGUUUUCACUGAUUUCACUUGCAGUUGAUGGUCACCAUUAAUUCUGUAGUAUCCUUCAUAACAUGUUUUUUGUUCCACGGAAGACAGGUUUGGAACCAGAGAAGGGUGAGUAAAUGGUGACCGAAUUUUAUUUCUAUAACUUAA